CCGGACCAAUCAGCGGCCCAGAAUGCGGAGAUGUACACCCAACCACGCACUUUAUUUACGCUCCGCCGUGCCCGUCAGAUUGGGUUGAAUUCGUUGAAUUCGUCGAUCUAUUUAGAGCCACGAAACACUUUGACUUUGUUGUUACAACAGCUGCACCCUCCAGGCUGUGACAUGGUGGCUGCUGAUUGGCUGCGCUUUUGAGGGACAGCUCACCCCGACAGUCCAUCCCUGCACCAGCGCUCAAUAGUUAAGCUGUGUCUUUCCGCUGCUCGAGUCUGACUCUUUCCCAACUUCUUCUCUAUCUUCUGAGAUUGUGAAGAAUUUUAAUUCCAAUUGUUGAUAUUUAUUGGAAUACGCAUACGGCAUCAUGACCAGCCACAGCAGCAAAAAUGGCCUGAAUGGCGACACCGCCGUCACUAAUGGCUUUCACGACGACGAAAUUGAAUACCCCUACCCCCAACCUUCGAAAUCUCCCUACCAAACCCCCAUCAUGACAUUGUUCAUCGGCCAGAAGAGAGACUCGUACUCCAUCCCGGAGAACUACCUCCGCCAGUCCCCCAAGUUGGUUCUUGCCAACGGCUUCUGGGGCAAGCAUCUGUUUCUCUCCGACGUCGACGAGGACGUCGGCCACACUCUCCUGCACUACUUGUACACUGGUGGAUACGAAACUAUCAAGCCCUGGCCCUUUAUGGAUGUCGACCUCUCCAAGUGGGAGCUGGAAUACCGACGCAGCGCGCUCGCCUACUGCGCGGCCAGGACCUACCAACUGGACGGCCUCAUCGCCCACGCUCAGCACUACAUGGAGAAAUUCGCCAGCAUGAUCUCGAUCUUUGCUCUCUUGAACAUUGUCACUGGUGUGUACCCUAGCCUUUCCGAAGGCGAGGACUGGUUCCUCGACCACGUCAAGUCGAGGAUUGCCGCUGCUUUUGCCGAGGACAACACGCUCUUCGUGCAGGAUUCGUUCUUGAAAACGUUUGGUGAAGUUCCCGCUUUUGAUCGGUUCUUGAUGCAGAGUGCGCUAGACAUAUACUCUGAAGGCGUGCUGCGCACACGCGACAGUAGUAUAAGUCGGGAGGAAACACCUGAGCAAUCAGUCCCCCCUAGCGAACCACUCUACCCCGACGGGCCCCUCCCCGAAGAUGGGCCCGUCCAAGAACCGAUCCCCGAGGAACAUCCCAACGGGGUGCUCUUAACCGAGCCCAAACUCGAACCGGAAUCAGAGCCAGAACUCCAACCUGCGCCUGAACCGGAACGAGUUCUCGAACCAAUCCCCGAACCGGCUCUCAAACAAGAGCCAGUUCAGGAGCCUCUCCCCGAGGCUCUCCCCGCAGCAGCAGUCGAACCAGAACCCAUACCGGAGCCAGCCCCAGCGCCGGCAUCGGUAUCCACACACCAACCGAGUCUGUUAAAAGGCGACCAGUCCAUCCCUGACCUGUGGUCCGACCAGGCCCCAGAACCAGCUCCAGUGCCCGCAGCACCGAAACCCGCCGCAUCCAAGCCGGUCUCUAACUCCAAGCCGGCAUUCAAACCGCCUUCAAAAACGCCCGCCCCACCCUCCUCCACCGCUCCCUCUACCGCUACUUCUCCCCCUCAGCCAACCAGCAAUGGUAACGGGCACAGCAACGGGACCAGUACUCCACCUGCCAACCAGAACGGUGGCGCCGGCGGAGGAUCAUCUCCCAGUAAGAAAAGCAAAAACAAGAAGAAGAAAAGCGGCCUUUGGAAGAAAAGUCCGAAAAGCGGUAGCAGCGGUGUGGCGAAUUAAGGAUCUUGUUCACAGUUGGGGGGCGCGUCGCAAGGAGCCCGAUGCCUCUUGAUCUGUAUGAUAGUUUACGACGGUAUGCCGGUGAUGUCUAGUAGAGGAUAUAUAUAUAUCCAGUUAAUGGUGGGUAGAUGAAUGCAUAGUCUGAUAUAUUUUGAUAUAUACUAAUGUCAG